CAGGGAGCCGGCUCGGCUCAGCGCGGAGGUGGGUGGGGCCCCCGUGGCGGAAGCGGCUGGACUCGGGCGGGUCCCCGGUGCGGCGCGCUUCUCGCUCGGCUAGGUGGUGUCUUCUCCCCCCCUUCCCCUGCCCUGCCCCCCCGCUCCUCUUCCUCCUCCUUGUUUCCCCGCCCGGCUUCCGUACCCCUUCCUCACCUCGGAGCAGCCGUCGCCAUGAUCCUGCUGGAGGUCAAUAACCGCAUCAUCGAGGAGACGCUGGCGCUCAAGUUCGAGGGCGCGGCCGCUGGAAACAAACCUGAGGCUGUAGAAGUAACAUUUGCAGAUUUUGAUGGAGUCCUUUACCAUAUUUCCAAUCCUAAUGGUGACAAAACAAAGGUUAUGGUCAGUAUUUCUCUAAAAUUCUACAAAGAGCUCCAGGAACAUGGUGCUGAUGAGUUGUUGAAGAGAGUGUACGGAAACUACUUGGUAACUCCAGAGUCUGGAUACAAUGUUUCUUUGCUAUAUGACUUGGAGAACCUUCCUGCUGCCAAAGACUCCAUUGUGCAUCAAGCAGGCAUGCUGAAGCGCAACUGCUUUGCUUCGGUCUUUGAGAAGUAUUUUAAGUUCCAAGAGGAAGGAAAAGAUGGAGAGAAGAGGGCAGUCAUUCACUACCGAGAUGAUGAGACUAUGUAUGUUGAAUCAAAGAAGGACCGUGUCACAGUUGUUUUCAGCACGGUAUUUAAGGAUGACGAUGACGUAGUGAUUGGAAAGGUAUUCAUGCAGGAGUUCAAGGAGGGUCGCCGUGCCAGCCACACAGCCCCCCAAGUGCUCUUCAGCCACAGGGAGCCCCCCUUGGAGCUAAAAGAUACAGAUGCAGCAGUAGGGGAUAACAUUGGAUACAUCACCUUUGUGCUGUUCCCUCGCCAUACCAAUGCUGCCGCCAGGGACAACACCAUCAAUUUGAUCCACACAUUCCGGGACUACCUGCACUAUCACAUCAAAUGCUCCAAGGCUUAUAUUCACACGCGCAUGAGGGCAAAAACAUCAGACUUCCUCAAAGUACUGAAUCGUGCCCGGCCAGAUGCAGAGAAGAAGGAAAUGAAAACAAUCACGGGGAAGACAUUUGCAUCCCGUUAACGCCUGAGGGAAGGUGGAGCUGGAAAACUGUGGCAGAAGGCUGGAGCACUUGCUACAUGAUUAUCGUAGCAUUUUAAUGUUGCACCUCUCUGGGCUCUUAUGGAAAUAAAUCCAAUCGGGUUAUGUUUUCUACACAAGUUUGGGAAGUGAUCUGCAGAAUCGAGCUGUGCUUGCGAGGACUUAAUAGUUCAGACAAAACAAAAAAAAACCUUAAUUCCAUUUUGAUCAACUUUACUUUCUUUACUUUUUUCCCCCUUAUCCCCUUUUUCAAGCUGUUUUGCUUUGCAAUAUGUUUACCGGUAAUGAGUUGCAGUAUUUCUUAUGAGAAUAAUGCAAUAUUAACUUGUUUUUCUUCCAAGUAUUUUGCGUUCACAAUGCCUGUAUCUGAAGAAAUAUUGUUGGGGUUCAUUAUUAAAGGAGAUCUUUCUAUCUUA